AUGAAAAUCGCAUCGGCCAAUGGCUUACAAGCACAAAAUCAGUCGAAAAGUCAAUCAUCAACAGAGAAGCCGUAUGCAACUUGUUCGAAUCCAAUAUUCGCGUCUUUGGACGUAGACGGCCUCAAGGCCACUAUUUGUGCGGGACAGGUAUAUCAGCAGCGCAAUUUUCUUUCGGAACUGCAAGUAUCCAGUCUUUUGCAAGAAGUAAAAGAACUGGAAGACGCCGGAGAAUUUGUCAGAUCUGGUCUUUCCAACACGGCCGAACGAGGAAACCAGCAAUUUGGAGAAUCCGACCGCAGUACCUGUAUCGUUCCAUGGUGGAUGGAUUUUAUACAUGGGAACGAACUACCCAUAACGAACAUUGUUGGGCCAAGUUUGCAUCAUCUGCGGCAAACGCUGGCUGAAAUCUUUGAUCGGCCCACCUUACUGGACUCAUCACUAGCCCAUGAGUGUUAUUUUUCUACGUCAGGCGUGGGCUCGUUUCUCCCGCGACACAUGGAUGAGCGCCACGAAGAGCUAAAGGGCCCCAAAGGAUGGAUACAGCCGUCCCGACGAUCAUUUACUUGGCUCAUUUACUUAAGCGAUGAUAACUGGACAUUGGAGGAAAAUGGUGGUGCAUUGCGAGCGUACCCCCAACAAAAGGUAUUGCGGUCGCACAAUCUAGGGUCUGCUCACAACGGGAACUUGCAGAUUGGAUGGUUACAGAGCAAAAACGGUUCCCAGCCCGUGUACAUGGAUAGCUGGUGUACAAUAGCAGGAGAUUCGGAGCCUCACUGUCUUUUGUAUAAAGUUUACGACGAAGAGCGCGUUGUUUUGACCAAACCUUGGAAGACAACGGCUAUUCUACAGGGAAUUUCCGUAUCAGAAUUCUUGCAAGAAUGGGCGAUCAAAGAUUCCAACGGGAUUGGCAAACCCGUUUUAUUUCUGCAUGAACAAGACGCGAAGCAGUUCAAUCUCCUCGAGGAUCGACGAAACUGGAAUUCAGGAAAGGAUCCGCAGGGUUCGUUUCCCUUCGAUGUGUCGCCCGAACGAGCGUUGCUACUAAUUUUUGAUUCGCUGUUGGUCCCUCAUCAAGUGGAAGCGGUUCGAAAAGGUCGACGGGUAGCCCUUGCCGGCUGGUUUCACGAAGCCACUCAGCCCAUUCCAGCAAGUUUGUACGUGGCGCAAUAG